CCUCCAUUUCCCCACCUUCUCUCUCACCUCUCCAUUCAUUCUUCGAUCUCUCAUAUCUCUAAUGGCGAAACGUGUCUUCACGUCGGUGCUGCUCGUCGUUUUUCUCCUGACGUUAUCUGCGUCGUUUUCAUCUGCCAGGCUAUUCAACGGCGUCAAUCUCGUGCUCCCCAGCGCUGACAGGGUCUCAGGUGCGGCUGACACGGUGACGGCAGGCCGCGUUAGGUCGUCGGCUAUGAGGCUUCGUGCGGUGGCUUUGCGGAGACGCGCCCGGAAAUAUGGGCCACUGGUUCUUAAUAUGCUUCCCAAGGGAGGUGUUCCGCCGUCAGGACCAAGCAAAGGAACUAACAACGUCAACAACUAAAGGCCGAUUCAGGGGUUUAUUAUUUAUUAUGGCUUCUCAUUGUUCUUGUUAGUUCUUUCAUUUUAUUGAUUUUAUUUCCAUGUUUCUAUGCUUUUAAUUGUUGUUUUCUGUAGAAUGUAAAUAUAUACUUCAUCUUCUAGUUGUAGGGUUGAUAUAAUUUGCUUAGUUUAUACAGAUUCAGGUUCUGUCAGAUUAGAAUUGUUCUGUUCUCUAUGUGAUGAGAUACAAAUAAAAUAGGAAUUCAAAUUGGAUCUUGGAAUAUAAUAUGCAUGCCACAUUGUUCAUUCCAA